AUCGAUUAAUAGUUUCCUAGAUCUGUUUACACACGGCCAUACAUCAAUCUCGGUUUUUGCCGGAUAUAUAAUUAGUCGUUCAAAGUCAAUUAUUUUAUCGGGCACGCUGUCUCGAAUGGAAAUAGCUCUUUAUUGUUAGUUCGAAUUGGUCGUCAGUAUGAGUAAGAAUGUUAUGUUCAGUGCUGUGAUUGUUUUGGUCGGCGCGCUGGUGUUUUUCCAGUUUGUGGGAGUUUCUUCCAAAGGAUGUUCAUUACCUCUGAGGGCAGCCGAUGAAGAACAUAUGCCAGUGUUGGUUGACAACUCUACCUCUAAAUAUAAACUUAUCAUCCCAGACAAAGGCAACGUUAUAUUGAGUAAAGAUGAGAGGAUUAUUCUUCUUUGUCCUAGCUACAGAAAUACCCUAGCCAUCACAAACACCAAUUCGUCAGUUAUCACCUGUGUAAACGAGCAAACGAUAAAGAUCUUGAAGAAAAAUGAGGACUUCCAGAAGGUGGUAUGUUCUAAGGGUGUUAGAGGGGCCACCAUGAGUACAAACACGAAAUGUGCAAACGGACAGGGUCGCAUUAUCAAAAUAGGAUUUCCAGUGGAAAGAGGACAGUUUUUGACCCUGAUUGAAACAUGUUAUGACGGUAAAAAUGGGAACGCUCUGUAUUCCUCCCACGUGUUGAUUGGAAGUGAGAUGGAUUAUGCUUCGAAAUCUAACUUUAGACCACCCUUCAGCACUGAAGGACUUGGUCCAGGGGUGUCAGCUGAUGUUGCCUACAAGCAAACGUACGAAAAAGCAACUUUCAACAGUGUUCUCGGUUCUGCUAAGCUUGCAGCUCAGUACAUCAACAAGAGUUCGUAUUUGGCCAGGGGACACUUAGCACCAGACGCUGAUUUCCUGUUUGCCUCUUGGCAAUAUGCGACUUUUUUCUAUAUUAACACUGUUCCCCAAUGGCAAGCCAUCAACAAUGGUAACUGGAAGAGGCUGGAGUAUCUGGUGAGGGAUACUGCAGCGUUUUACGGUGAAGAUUUGGAGGUUCACACUGGUAGCUACAAAGUCCUCCAGUUACCAGAUGUCAACGAAGCUCCCACCAAUAUUUUCCUAGUUUCCAAAUCGAAACUUGCAGUUCCCAGAUUCAUGUGGAAAAUAAUCUACUCGAAAAAGUCGAGAAAAGCUAUAGCUUUCGUAGCACUGAACAACCCUUUCGUGACUAGGUUAGGGACCAAGGAUAAGUUGUGCACCAACAUUUGCAACCGUUAUGGUUGGGACAGAUCAGCUUGGAUGGACGGCUCCAAAGGUUUCAUAUAUUGUUGUGAUGCCAGGGAUCUCUUGCAGGUGAUUGGGAUCGGGCCUAAAUUAGAUGUUAGGGGUGUCUUGGAUGCUCCAAACUUGUCCAAUAGGUUCUAUGAUUUUUAACAUGGUCCGGAAGCCUUUGAAUUUAUCAAUUAAUUCCUACAGAAAAUUAGG